CGCCGGGUGGAGGAGAGGGAGGCGGGAGCCGGGCCGCGGGAGGAGGGGAGGCGCCGGGGGCGCGCGCGCGCGCGCUGGGCGCUGCUGGGCUGCGGCGGCGGCGGCGGCGGCGGUUACUAUGGCGGAGUCGGCCGGAGCCUCCUCCUUCUUCCCCCUUGUUGUCCUCCUGCUUGCCGGCAGCGGCGGGUCCGGGCCCCGGGGGAUCCAGGCUCUGCUGUGUGCAUGCACCAGCUGCCUCCAAGCCAACUACACGUGUGAGACGGAUGGGGCCUGCAUGGUCUCCAUUUUCAACCUGGACGGGAUGGAGCACCACGUGCGCACCUGCAUCCCCAAAGUGGAGCUGGUCCCCGCUGGGAAGCCCUUCUACUGCCUGAGCUCCGAGGACUUGCGCAACACACACUGCUGCUACACUGACUUCUGCAACAAGAUCGACCUGAGGGUGCCCAGCGGUCAUCUCAAGGAGCCUGAACACCCCUCCAUGUGGGGCCCCGUGGAGCUGGUGGGCAUUAUUGCCGGCCCAGUGUUCCUCCUGUUUCUCAUCAUCAUCAUUGUUUUCCUUGUCAUUAACUAUCAUCAGCGCGUCUAUCACAACCGCCAGAGGCUGGACAUGGAGGACCCCUCGUGUGAGAUGUGUCUCUCCAAGGACAAGACGCUCCAGGACCUGGUCUAUGACCUCUCCACGUCAGGGUCUGGCUCAGGGUUACCCCUUUUUGUCCAGCGCACAGUGGCCCGGACCAUCGUUUUACAGGAGAUUAUUGGCAAGGGCCGGUUUGGAGAAGUGUGGCGCGGCCGCUGGCGGGGCGGUGAUGUGGCUGUGAAAAUAUUCUCUUCUCGGGAGGAACGGUCUUGGUUCCGGGAAGCAGAGAUCUACCAGACAGUCAUGCUUCGCCAUGAGAACAUCCUUGGGUUCAUCGCCGCUGACAAUAAAGAUAACGGCACCUGGACACAGUUGUGGCUCGUGUCGGACUAUCAUGAGCACGGCUCCCUGUUUGACUAUCUGAACCGCUACACGGUGACCAUUGAGGGGAUGAUCAAGCUGGCCUUGUCUGCCGCAAGCGGGCUAGCACACCUGCACAUGGAGAUCGUGGGCACCCAAGGGAAACCUGGAAUUGCUCAUCGAGACUUAAAGUCAAAGAACAUCCUGGUGAAGAAAAAUGGCAUGUGCGCCAUCGCAGACCUGGGUCUGGCUGUCCGUCACGACGCAGUCACGGACACCAUUGACAUUGCCCCUAACCAGAGGGUGGGAACUAAACGAUACAUGGCCCCUGAAGUGCUCGAUGAAACCAUCAACAUGAAGCACUUCGACUCCUUUAAGUGUGCUGAUAUCUAUGCCCUCGGUCUUGUGUACUGGGAGAUUGCUCGAAGAUGCAACUCUGGAGGAGUCCAUGAAGAAUAUCAGCUGCCAUAUUAUGACCUAGUGCCCUCUGACCCUUCCAUUGAGGAGAUGCGGAAGGUUGUAUGUGACCAGAAACUCCGUCCGAACAUCCCCAACUGGUGGCAGAGUUAUGAGGCGCUGCGGGUGAUGGGGAAGAUGAUGCGGGAGUGCUGGUACGCCAACGGCGCAGCCCGCCUGACCGCGCUGCGCAUCAAGAAGACCCUGUCCCAGCUCAGUGUGCAGGAGGACGUGAAGAUCUAGCCGCCCCCCCCACAGCCGCCAGGCCGCGGGACCUACAGCCGAGCGGCCGCGUCGAGCAUCAGAUGGAGGCCUACCUCUCGUUUCUGCCCAGCCCUCUGUGGCCAGGAGCUUGGCCCACAGAGGGACAGAGCCCGGGAGACUCGCUCACUCCCACGAUGGGUUUGAGACACAGACACCUUUGAUAUUUACCUCCUAGUGGCAUGGAGCCUCUGAGAGCGAAUGGCAUGGAGAACUCAAUGCCGCGACCCGGACCGGCUGUCGUGGGAUGUCCCACAGAGCCCGGUGCCCCCAGCGAGGAGCCUGGUGUGGCGACACGCGGCCCGGGAGGAGCUGAGUGUGGCCCGGUGCUGAGCAGCACUGAGGGCUUUACCCCGGGACCAACCCCAGUGCAGCGAGCGGCCCCGGGAACCAGAAGGAUGGCCCCUCCUGGCAGCUCCAGGUCUCCGGCUCCUCUCCGCCCGCGAGGACCCCUGGAGGGACUGCUGGUGCCUGUCUGUCCAGCCGUGUGUGCAUGUGCCGAGGUGCGUCCCCUGUUGUGCCUGGUCUGUGCCACGCCCUUACACGUGUGUGUGUAUACGUGUGUGUCUGUAGGUGCGCACUUACCUGCUUGAGCUUUCUGUGCAUGUGCAGGUCGGGGCUGUGGUCGUCAUGCCGUCUCUGCGUGCUGGUGCCUCUGUUCAGUAGUGAGCAGCGUCUAGUUUCCCUGGUGCCCCUCCUGGUGGUCUCCCUCCCCACCCCUCCUUCCAGAACCCCCGCUCCACAGUGGUACCCCACCCCCCAGCAGGCUAUUCCGCCUGCCCCUGUGUCGCCUGGCCCUCCUUCUCCACUUCAGACUGUGGAACCAAAGCUGGCCCAGUUGUCCGCGGCAGGCGAGGCUUUUGGGUCCAAAUGUGAGGGAGGAGGGUGGGAUGGGCAGGGCAAGAAUCUCGGCGGAAACCUGGGGUGUUGUGGUCAGCGGCCACCGUGGGAAAUGAGCCAGCCUAAGGGCAUCAUCCUCGGCAGCGUCAAGGAGGGGCCGAGGAAUUUGCAGCCCAGACCUGGGGAGACUCAGACUGGAAUGUCACAUCUGUCUUUCAUAUCCCAGAUUCUGGAGACAGCAGUGUGUAUUUUCGGUGGUGGUGGGUUUAGGGCGGGGAAGGGAAGCGGGGAUGAGGACUGGGGAGGGAGGCUGGGGGGGGGGGAGGCAUCUGCAUGGGUCUUUUACUGGGUUAUCCGAUCAUGGUGGAGGGAAGAUGUGAGACUUGCAUCCACUUCAGGGGCUUUACUAAAGGGAACAGCCUGAGCUGAACCUGUUAUUUAACCUGAGUGUAGUAUUUAACGACGUCUAGAAGCACGGUUGUGGGUGGUGGUUCGGUCAGCAUAUCUUAGGUAUAUAAUAACUUUGAAGCCAUAACUUAACUGGAGUGGUUUGGUUUUCUUUUCUUUCUUUUUUUUUUUUUUUUUUUUUUAAUUUUAUUGGGAGGGUCUGGAUUUUAACUUUUUUUAAAUACUGUUAAGUUUUUAUAAAAGGAAAACCAUCUCUAUGUGAUAAUUACCUCUCAAUCCAUUUGUUUUUAAGGAAAUCCCUAUAAAAACAACCACACAAAAAAAAUGCUUCAAUCAGACGCACACAGCUCAAUCACACUGGAAAUAUCUGUCCUUGUACCUGAGCCUGCUCCCCCCCCACCUCAGCUGCAAGAGUUCCUCUGCCCUGGGGGUUGGUCUCGCUGGCGUCCUGCCUCCCUGCCCAGUCCCACCCAAAGUGGGUUUUGCACUGGGGCUUUAGCUUUUUGUGCGUCGCCCACAGGUUGCACCUUCUCCUCCAGGCACUCACUCAGCGGACACUCGCUGAGUGCCAGCUGGGUGUCAGGCACCAUGCUGGGUGCUGGGAAAUACAGCUGUGAACAAAGAUAGGCUUGGGUCCUGCUCUUGGAGCGCUGACAAUGGGACUGACUCAAGUCAGGGGGUGCCUAUCUUGAGACCAGAAGUUUUCAUAGUUGGUUCUGAGCCUUUUGAGCCUGGAGCGAUUGCUCUUAUACAAGACCACUAAGGAGGCGAGGAUGCCCCCCUGUCCCCCACCAAAGAGGCCGGUGGUGGGCAGUGAAACCCCCCAUCACUGCGUUCAUCCAGAGCCCCCUUCCUGCCCCCCAGGGGAGGCACAGUGUGUGUGCAGCCUCAGCCCAUCCCUGCCUCUAGCCCAGCGAUUCUCUGCCAAAGCUUGUGGAGGAGGGGGGAGCCCUCCCCCCACUUCCAUCCGUCUCCCCAGUGCCCUGGCCUUCCUAUUUAUUUUCCCGGUGUAGUGCUUCUUUCCUUGCGUUAAAGGAGAUCUUCCCCUCACCCUUUGGGCCAAUUUACUGGCUACUGAUUAAUUUCCCUUAAAUACCAAUUGUGUCAUUAGGGGGAUCUUCUUUCCCUACCCCUGCUGACGCGCUUCCCCCUUCUUGUCUGCCCUCCGGCAGAGCUUGGCGGGUUAUGGGAGCUGAUGGAACUCAGACUCCUCACUCCCUGCCUCAACCAGCCUCUGGGAUCUGCCGACACUCCUCGACCCAGGGACUCCUAAGCCACUAGCCCACUGCCCAGGUGGCCCAGCUGUCCUCACCACACACUCCUCCACCUCCGGGGAAGACUCAGCAGUUCUGGGGGGAAGCUCCCAGCCCCACUGCCGCCACUCUUAACCCACGAGUUAGGAGUUAGAGAGUUGGGGAGAAACUAAAGCUGUGGUUUUGGCUCCCUGAGGCUAACCCUGAUCCAUAGGGCUACCUGCACCUCUGGAUUUUGGAUUCACAGACCAAGUCCAAGCCCGUUCUUAAUGUCGCCAUCGAGGCCCCUGAACGGCAUUCUCGGUACUUCUGUUUGUUUUUGUACAUUUUAUUAGAAUGGACUGUAAAAUAGCCACUUAGACACUUUACCUCUUCAGUAUGCAAAUGUAAAUAAGUUGUAAUAUAGGAAAUCUUUUGUUUUAAUAUAAGAAUGAGCCUGUCCAAUUUCUGCUGUACAUUAUUAAAGUUUUAUUCACAGA